AUGGCCAGCAGCCAACUGUGCGCCUGCGAGUUUGCUUAUCACUUUUGCCAGCGCCCUCGGCCGAAUCCAUCAGCCUACGGGCCGUGGCUUGUUGCUCUGCCUGCGUGCGCUCGUCUGGUGUCGGACAUGCUGGGCACCGAGGCCCGACCAGACUCGGCCAAGGUUGGGCUACGCUACUGUGUGUUGCCUCGAAAGGGCACGGCACGACAAGACAGAGGACAAGACAGGACAGGCGCCUGCCAGAGUUCCAUACCCGAGACAUUCGUGCUGUCUCGGCCACCUCUCCAGAUAUCUUGCGCAGCUCGUCCCGGCAGGCAGCCACUUCCGCCUCUGCUCGUUGUUGCCAACUUGGCCCUCUGCCUAGCUCCCUCUCCAGCAGACCUGCUCGCUCCCGCCAUGGAGCCCAUUGCUGCCUCGCUGCCGCCUGCCGCCCUCCCAAACUCCACGGGCCUCCAGUCGCCAAACGCCAUUCCUCCCAGAACCUCCUCGACCGGCUACGCCAGCCCUUACCCGCCCUCAAAAUCCGCCCUCCGCCCCCUCCCAGAAGCAGACUGGCUCGCCCCGACCCAGUCCCGGCACCGCAAGAGCUCUUCCAUCACGACUCCCUUUAGCACAAUGCCCACCAGCAGCUCGCCUCCCCCUCCGCCCCCGCCGCCCGACGCCAGCCGCUACGCGACCGCGGAUCUCACCUUUGCGUCCACGACAUGGACCACCCGCAAGGAGAAGGUCCUCAUGGGCCCCUUUGACUACCUCUACUCUCACCCGGGCAAGGAUUUCCGCACUUUUAUGCUCAACGCCUUCAACGAGUGGCUCAAUGUGCCCGCGGAAAGCCUCGACGUCAUCACAAAGGUCAUCGGCAUGCUGCACACUGCGUCCCUGCUCGUAGACGACGUGGAGGACAACUCGCUGCUCCGCAGAGGUCUUCCUGUGACCCACAGCAUCUUCGGCACCGCGCAGACGAUAAACUCGGCCAACUACGUCUACUUCUUGGCCCUUCGCGAGCUGCAGAACCUGAAGAAUCCAUCGGCCAACGACAUAUACACCGAAGAGCUGCUCAACCUCCACCGCGGUCAGGGCAUGGACCUCUUCUGGAGAGACACGCUCACCUGCCCCAACGAGGAGGACUACUUGGAGAUGGUUGGCAACAAGACCGGUGGCCUCUUCCGCAUGGCCAUCAAGCUGAUGCAGGCAGAGUCCCAGGUGGAGAUGGACUGCGUGCCGUUAGUGCACCUCAUGGGGCUCGUCUUCCAGAUUGCCGACGACUAUAAGAACCUGUUUGACGUGACAUACACCAAGAACAAGGGCAUGUGCGAAGAUCUGACAGAGGGCAAGUUCUCCUUCCCAAUCAUCCACAGCAUCCGGUCCGACCCAUCGAACCUGCAGCUGCUCAACAUCCUGAAGCAAAAGACAACCGACGAGGAGGUCAAGCGCUACGCAGUCAAGUACAUGCACAGCACCGGCAGCUUCGAGUAUACCAAGCAGGUCCUGGCUGUCUUGAUUGAGCGCUCGCGGAAACUCGCUGACGAGCUUGACGGCGGCCGGGGCAAACAUGCUAACAUACACAAGAUUUUGGAUAAGAUGGUGAUCGAGUAAAUGUGGCGUUUGAGAAUCAGCGCCAAGCCAUACAUAUAUACCCCCAUUUGUUCGCAUGUUGGCUUGUGGACGCAAUGAAAAAUUACGAGCUUGAAAGCUUGAACAGCAGGCAGGAGUGUGUAUUUCCCGAUAAUAACAUGAUCAAUUUGCGCUUUCAUCUAUUGGAUCUGCACUUCAAUCACGUAUUCCGAGCAUUGGUCUUCUCUUUGAUUGAUGUCUGGGAACAAGUGCUCGUCGGACUGUGUAUGAAGCCGUUAUAGUGGAGGCGUGCAACCGCCUCGCAUCUGUCACUUGAUUAAUGGGCGUGUCGCAACACGCAAAAUCGACAAAUGCUUAACUCAGUUUACAUGUCAUAGCGUAGAAUCGCAACGACCCGCAUGUGGACGUUGCAAGAG